AUGGAUGCCCUGCAGUCCAUGGCUGCCCUGGCUGCCCACUCAGGUUUCCUGGAGGACGGGAUCCUGGUGCGGGACGUCAGGCGGACACGGCGGCGCUAUCUGGGCUCCUGGACCUUCCCUUGGGAUGUGCUGGCCGUGCUGCCCACCGAGCUGCUCUGUCUGCUCCCAGGGGUCCCGAGGGUCACGGGGGUGCCGGCGGCACGUGCCAACCGCUGCCUACGGCUGCCGCGACUCUUCGAGGCCUUUGACCGGUGCGAGACGCGCACGGGCCGGCCCAACGUGUUCCGCGUGGCCAAGCUGAUGCUGUACCUGCUGCUGGGCAUCCACUGGCACGGCUGCCUCUACUUCGCGCUGUCGGCACGCCUGGGGCUGGGUGCUGACCCCUGGGUCUGCCCCAGCUUCACCCGACCGCUGCACCGCUACCUGCACAGCUUCUACUUCUCCACGCUGGUCCUGGCCAUGGUGGGAGACACGCCGGCACCGCAGCGCGAGGAGGAGUUCCUCUUCCUCACCGCCGGCUUCCUCCUGGCCGUGCUGGGCUUCGCCACCAUCACCGGCAGCAUCAGCACCGUCAUCGUCAACCUCAGCUCGGCCGCCUCCGCCUUCUACCCCGACGCGGGGCCGGUGCGGCGCUACCUGCGGGCGAGGGGCGUGGACGGGCGGCUGGCGGGGCGCGUGGCGCGCUGGCACCAGCACCUGCGGGCGCAGCGCAAGCUGCCGGCCGAGUGGGAAGUGCUGCAGCACCUGCCGCAGGGGCUGCAGGCUGAGGUGGCCGCCAGCGUGCACCUGGCAGCCCUGCGGCGCGUGGGGCUGUUCCGCAGCUGGGAGCACGGCGUGCUGCGGCAGCUGGUGCUGCGCCUGCGACCGCAGGUCUUUGGGCCCGGCGAGUUCGUGUGCCGGCGCGGGGACGUGGGCCGCGAGAUGUACUUCAUCCGCGAGGGCCGCCUGGCCGUGGUGGCCGAGGACGGCGUCACGCAGCUGGCCGUGCUGGGCGAGGGGCUCUACUUCGGGGAGAUCAGCCUCAUCAACAUCAAGGGCAACAUGGCAGGGAACCGGCGCACGGCCAACAUCCUGAGCAUCGGGUACUCGGACCUGUUCUGCCUGGGCAAGGAGGACCUGGCCGAGGUGCUGGCCGAGUUCCCCUGUGCCCGUGCUGCCAUGGAAGCCAAGGGCCGGGAGCUGCUGCUGUGCAUGGGCCAACUCGACACCGGAGCUGAGGCGGCGGCACUGGCGGCCGAGGCCGAGGCGGAGCGGCGGCUGCAGGGGCUGGAGGUGGCCCUGGAGGGGCUCCAGACGCGGGCAGCACGGCUGCUGGCACAGCUGGAGGCCGGUGCCCUGCGCGCGGCCCUGCGCGUCCGGCGCCUCGAGGGACGGCUGCAGCUGCGGGGCAGAGCAGAGCGGGAGGACGGGGCAGCAGGAACGGCAGGAACGGCAGGAACGGCCCCACGACAGCGGCCCGCCAGCCCACGGGGUGCUACCGGGGAACAGAGCCCCUCCAGAGUGCAGGCUUCUACCAAGGCACAGGCUGUCCUCAGGGCACACGGUCCCCUGCGGGAGCAGGGUCCCUCCAAGGUGCAGGGUGCCCCCAGGGCACAGGGUCCUGCCCGGGAACCAGGUUCUGCAGGUGGACAGGGUCCCACUGGGGCGCAGGGCCCCUCCAAAACACAGGGGCCCCACACGGCACUCAGUCCCCAUAGAGCACAGGGGCCCAGCGACAUGCAAGGUCCUCCCAAAGCACACGAUACCCCCACAGUGCAGCGGCCCCUCGGGGCACGGGGUCACACUGGGGCACGAGGUCCUCGUGGCAUGCAUGGCCCCAGGCGGGCAGAGGCUCCCCUCGAGGCACAGGGUCCCCUCCGGGCACAGGCGCUGCCCAGGGCACAGAGGCAGACUGGGGUGCGGGGUCCCAGUGGCACACAUGGUCCCAGCAGGGCACGGGCUCUGCCCAGGGCACGGGGUCCCUCUGGGUCACAGAGACCCAUGGGAGCGCAUGGUGUCUCCGGGGCUCAGGGGCUCGGGGUCCCACGAGGGGCGGGGGUGCCGCGGGACUAGUCCUGAGGGGUGUCCUGGAUGGGGACGCCGCAGCGACCACUGUUGUCGGGUGACACCGACAGCUGCUGCUGCGGGACGGGGACAGGGACGAGGAAGGAGCCGGGAUGGGGACGGGUCAGG